UCAUAAAAUUGAAGGCUGGAUUGCUGAAAUUGUUGAGAUGGAAAUGGUUGUACUUGUUUUGAAUAAAAGAAAAUUGCUUUUGUUUCCUUAUUUGAUCUGAUGCGUGUGUGAGUCUGUUGUGCAGAGAGGGAAACAGAGACACUGAACCAUGCUCGUCAGCUGGUCUACCGUAACGAUCAUAACCUAAGCCCUCAACCCGCCCCCAACCUAGGAUGCUGUCAACCAAUAGCAUCAGGGGGCUAUCGUGCUGCAAGUAGCAUGGGAGACCCAACAAUGCAUGCAAGGUUCCCAAGAUACAUGUCGGGUUCGGGUUCGGCUUCAUCUUCGUUCCAUCUACCGACUCCACCACCGCCGCAGCUGCAACUGCAUCAACCAUCUCACCAUCUCUUGAUAGCCUCACCUCCGGCACCACCACCACCACUUUCUUUUCCAGCAGCGCCGUAUUCCCACCACCAUCAUGCGGUGGUGAACGACUACUAUGUGGGUCAUGUUCUGGGCAGCAGCACCAAGAAUCACGCCCUGAAUGACUGCACUUGCAUUGGGGCACCCGUAGGACAAGCAUUGGUGGGUGGUGGCAAAGACAGGUCACUGCAGAAUCCUCAGGAGGAGACGUUGAAUUGGGGAAGGGGCUACUCAGGAACACAGCAGCUAUUGGAUACUCCUUCAGCGAUCAAUCGGUGUCACGAAGGGUUUCAAUGAGUGGUGACGAUUUUAUUAUGCAUCACAAAAGACAUGCUAUUCAGAUAGAGAGAGACUUAACGAACUGACACAUGGGGUCAUGAAGGGGAAAAGAAAUAGAGAGAGAAGUGGGUUUUGCUUUCAUACUUAAUUAAUGGACACAGCUUUUGAGC